GCAACUAUCCUUGGCAAAAAAUAUGUAUGAAACGUGCGCUGCCGCUUAUGGCGGCUAUAUCUGUCUCGCUCUAACAUCUCGUAUCUCGUGACACUUGAGUGUCUGACAGUGACAUAGCAACAUUUCGUAUUUCGUUCGUUAGUUACUUUUUGCUGAAUUUCUUUAAUAUUGUGCAACUUAGUUUACUGGAGGUGAAAUAUAACUAAUUUGCAAAACAUUAAGACGAGACGUUUAGCAAGGUUAAAGUGUGUGAUGUAAAACAAUGCAUUUCAAAGUGUGUGAGAUUUGUGGCUUGAAAGCCGGUCGUGUUUUCGAUCAAAAGCGAACAUUUAUGGCCAAAUUUCCAUUGGAUGAAGAAAGGUGUAAAAAAUGGGUCCAAGUUACUGGCAAAGAAGAUUUAGCCUACGUGCCCAUAGAAAAGCUGCACGGAAACAAAUAUAUUUGUGGGAAACAUUUUCGACCAUCUGACUUCAAGAAGAAAAAGACCCAACUGAGAAGAAAUGCUAUUCCAUCUUUACUAAUUACUGUAAAACCAUUGUCAGAGGAGAUUUUGACGGGAUUCCCACUACACAUUUUUGGGUCAUCAAAGGCAGACCAUUUUACCUCGGCAUUGAAGUCAUCCAUACUCACCCGCCUCAGCACACCUAACUAGAAGACCCACUAGCAGACAAAAUAAAAAAAGGGCAACAACAUGGUGCUUCUAAGUAAUAUAUUUUUCUGUAUA